GAGAGAGAGAGAGGCAGAAAGAGAGAUAGAUAGAGGGAGCAGCUGUAAUCCAGUCCUCUGUGUAUCAGAGUAAUAAUAAAAACAACACACUGCAUGUUCUCAUGUCUUCAUCUGCGUGUCCUCCGCUGUGACACCGAGUAGCGCCGCCGGGCUGUCAGCGGCUCUGAUGCGGGCAGGCAGCAUCUUCUGUGUCGUCCGGAGUGAAUGAGGAGGGACGGUGGCCGACAGGGAGGGGUCCUUUGAUUUCAGGGCUGCCUCCUCUCUGGAUGGAGCCUGGCUGUCUGCAUGCAGCGAUGGCCAUGGGAGAUGUGUCGAAAAAGGCGUCGUUUCGGAACGUGGCGGUGGAGCGAAAAAACCUCAUCACCGUCUGCAGGUUUUCAGUAAAGACACUGUUAGAGAAAUACACAGCCGAGCCCAUAGAUGAUUCAUCCGAGGAGUUCAUCAAUUUCGCAGCCAUACUCGAGCACAUCCUCAGCCAUCGUUUCAAAGGCUCCGGCAGCUGGUUUGAUGGUCAGAGGAGUUACUGGGACUACAUACGUUUGGCCUGUGCUAAACUCCCCAACAGCUGCAUCAGCAGCAUUGAGAGCAUGGAGAACAUCAGCACCUCACGAGCCAAGGGGCGAGCUUGGAUACGAGUUGCCCUGAUGGAGAAGAGGCUGUCUGAAUACAUCGCUACUGCUCUGAGGGAUAGCAGAACGACCAGGAGGUUCUAUUCAGAAGGAGCCAUUGUGUUAAGAGAGGAAGCCACGGUCCUAACAGGGAUGCUCAUAGGUCUCGGAGCCAUAGAUUUUAGUUUCUGUCUGAAAGGGGAGGGUAUGGACGGGAAAUCUGCUGCUGUGAUCGACUACACACCGUACUUGAAAUUCACACAAAGCUAUGAUUACCUGAGUGAUGAUGACGAUCGACAGAGUGUUGACAGCAGCACGAGCGACGACAGCAUCCCCGACCAUCCCUACAUUCCUCUGGUCACUGACGAGGAGAGCUGGAGCACAAAGUGUCGCAAGAUGGAGCAGAGGUUCAAGAUCGUCAAUGCUCAAAAGGGUUACCUGGAGGAGCUCGUGCGCCUCCGUGAGUCCCAGCUGAAGAACACAGAGACAGAGAACAAGAGGCUAAAGGCCCGACUGGAGGAGCUACAGAGCCACAGCACACAGGAGAAGAAGGAACUGGAGGCCAUCGUCCUGGAGCUUCAGGAGCAGCUGACAAGCUUGAUUCCAUGUGACUCCAACCACCUGGCCAAAAACCUGUCAAUCCCUCUGGUCAACCAGUGGCCGACACUCCAGCCAUACAACAGCCAAGAUGGCGUCAAGUUGUACCGCAGGAGGAGUUUCCCGAGCACAGAGCUGCUGUCAGUGGAAAUCAGCCUGGACUCAGAUUCCCAGAGGACUGAUGGGAAACAGAACGGAGGAGCCUGGUGCACAGAAAAGGACUACACCCCUUCCAUGAUGGGACUGUGUGGCUCCUUGGCCUCCCUCCCCAGCUGCAGGUCUCUGGCGAGCCUCAAGUCCAGCGAGUGCCUGGUGAACAUCAGCACAGAGAACAGUCCUGCCCUCUCUCCCAGCUAGGGGGCGCCAAAGAAACACUGCCCACCCCUGAACUGACUGAGACAAUUCAACACAAACACAAAAAGACUCCUUUCAGUAGGCGAACAGACUCUCUUUCGUGGCCCUUACGUGAGUCCCUUUACCUUUACGCUCUGAGUCCAGCACUGUCUCAACUUACACCUUUUAAGCGUUUAUGAAAGAGUAGCCUCCCUGUGCGGGACUGUCCGACAAGGAUGCAGGGAUGGCUGCUGUACUGCCUGACGGCCUCCUGCAGUUUCACCGUCUUUAAUUGUCUCGACAUGAUUAAGCCUCCUGGAAUGCAAACAGCUGGUUCAAGUUUGACCUCUCUUACGUCUUGAUGCUUGAUUUUGUGCAAUUACAGUCACGUCUGUACUGGUUACACUUAUCAAAACUCACUGUAGGGUUAUCCUGUAUGUACUUGUCCAUUCGUCUGUGUCUUAUCAGUCUGUCAGUGUAUCUUAUUCUGCCUCUCGCAUAAUGGUGGCAGUGCAGGGUGGAUGAGCUGUUUAUAACAGAAACAAUGUUUUGCCAUAUUAUAUUAUAAGAGAGAUAUUUGCUGUGUUAAAGUGGCCUGAGGGUUUUAUGAUGAAGAUUAUUUGGAAAUUAACAGAAGCGGCUUUAUGAUAUUAUGACAGGCCUUAUUCAGUCAUACAGUAGGUUAGAUACAGAUUUUAGGAUGUGACACAAAAGACUUGUCAGGCUAUGCAGGUUUGCAGAGGCACUACAAUGUGGACAUUAAGAAACAAACAUUAUAUCUGUUGCAUACAAAUGCAGAGUGCAUUGUGACUAUGCAGAAUGAUUGUUUUCAUUGUCUUUUUCUACAAACCUGCCUUGAUAGAGUAGUUUGAGCAGAAGAGAAAUAGUGAAUGUGCAACAGGUGUGUGUGGGUGUGUGUGUGUGUCUGUCAUUAGAUUUUUUGGCUUCAUUUUUUUCUGUUCUUUUUAUAUUUUGAUUAAUUUAAUGACAUACUUACUUGUAUCAUUUACCAUCAUGUAAAUUGCAAUCUCAUGCAGUGUUGUUGAGAGUUGGGAUACAUUGUGUUAUUUAAAACUGCAAUAAAACU